AGCUCUUUUUGCUUGAGCUGUUAUUAGUGUGGAGAUUAUACGUGUAAAGACAUUUAAGGUUGGAGAAACUCACAUGGUGAUGUGGCAGUCAUCCAUAUAGUUGCCUGAUUGGUGCCAAACUGCUUCAGCUUCGUGGGAAUAACUGCUCAUUUUUAAUCUUGCAUUUUUCUGAAGUAGAAGUCUGCUUCACAACUCUUUAAAAAAACAAACCUGUUUUUUAAGAUCCAGCUGUUACGUGAACCUUUUCCCUUUUUUUCUUCUUUUUUUAUAGUGGGAAGAACACACCUCCACAUAUAAAAAAAUAUGAUUUUUGCAAUUUGACCUUUUACUUAACCGGAGAAAUCAUCAUUUGUUUAACCUCCCUAUAUUGCUUUGCUUUUGGUUUUUGGUGGAUUUCAAAAGCAUUUUCUUCUUUCACUGCCAGGCCAUAGACUUUAUCAUUUAUGAUUACUGUCAUAAACCUUCCAGUUUCUAAGCAGAAUCAUUCCCUGAUAAUAGACACUGACAGAUAUUUCCGUUUUUAAUCUAAACUCAGACAAACAAUGCAGAAUUUUUCUAACAGCCCAGUUCCCCCCUCUCUCCCCCCUGGGUUCAGUGGGAGGGGUGGAGGCGUACCUCCCUACCCCCCUCAGCCAGCAGAGCCCCAGAUAUCCCCAAGGAUGACAGAUGAUUAUGCAGGGAUGCAACAGCAGAGCCUGCACAGAGGCCAUCACCACCCAAGUCAAGCCAGCCACAUGCUUGCUUACAGUGCUAGAAACAGAGGAACUGUGGAGCCAACGCCAGCACAGGGUAAUAUUCACAGUGGCAGCAGUAACAACCCUUACAGGAAGGAGGCCAUGGAUUACUAUUUUUCAAUGAGUGGAAAGGACAGGCACAGAAGGGGAGGUAUGGGCUAUGGGGGAAGUUUUGGGUACCCUAGUAUUGAUGGACAUAUACCUCACCAGUACCGGCAUCCUGGAUCUAGCUCUGCACCGUCAUCUGGCUUGAUGUCGCCAUAUCCACUAGACUAUGGCUCAAGUGCUGGUUCAGGUGGAGGUACUGGAGCAUUCUCUCCUUCUCAUCAGUACAGUAUGAGUCAGAACCCUGCAAUGCAACCAGUGCCAGGUUCUCAGAUGCAGCACCGCCAACAUGGGCAGACCUUCCCAGCUAUCCAUCAUGGACAGCAGCAUAGGAGCUAUCCACACUCUGGGCAUAGAAUGACCCCACAGUACCCACACUACUCUCCCCAGGGUGGAGCAUCCACGGGGUCAUCAGGAAUGUACAGCCCCCCUCCACAGAGAUAUCUCGACGGGGCUGCUAGCACUGGGUUUGAUCCCAAAGUCAACAGCUCUCCCAGUGUCAACUCUAGUUCAAACUCAGUCUCCAGUUCAGUUGCUGCUAACAAUGUGGGGUCAAUGGAGAAUGUUCAACAGAGUUACCACGCUUCAAAUUAUCCUGGAUAUUCCCCACAGACACAUUCACUCCACAAGCAAGCUACACUACAGCACCGCAACUCACAGCACAAUUUAGGGGUAGGUUAUGACAACUCUCUCAAGAUGCAGCACCAGGGGCAGUCUCCGGGCUCUGUAUAUGCUAAACAUCAUCAAGCCUCGAAUCCCAGUAUACCUCAACCAGCAUCUCAAGAAAUAACCAAAUCCCCAAUGCAUCCUAAUGCGCAACAAACUCAGAUUAACCAAAACUUUAGUCCAAUUUCCAAUCCCUCUCCAGCUGCAUCUGCAGUACACUCCCCCAGCUGUAGCUCAUCUCCUUCCCCUUUGAUGGGUGUCUCAGAGGCACAUGGAACCACCUCAGGUCAUGGUCCUUCACAUCCUCCUACAUCAAAUCCCCGUAGCAGCCAUGGUCAUGGUAGAUUACUGCAGACUAUGCCUCAGUUAAGUCCCACACCCAAUUCAAAUAGCAGCAUCAGUAGUUGCGGUAGCAGUGGCAGUCAUAAAGCUCACAGUAUGAGUGCAGCUGGAGGGAGCAAUCUUCCUCCAGCAGGCCGCAAUAAAAUGGGGCUAGGCACGGGAAUUGGAUCCCGAGAUGAAGGUUCCUCUGUUUAUUCAUCUUCUUCAGUUGACAAAAUGCAGGAUGCUGGCUUGAAUAGUCUUAAUGCCUUGAGCUCACAAGUAGCCAAUUUACCAAACACAGUUCAGCACAUGGUCCUCACUGACACAGUGCUUUCACCUAAGAAGAAAGAAAGCGGGCAGAUGCAACAGGCAACGCAUAGUGUGCCCCCAUCACAACCAAGGAGCCGCAAUGCAAGUGCAGCUUCAAGUACCAGCACGGUCAAAGAUGGAAGUGCAAUAGGGACUGGUGAUGGAGCCAGCAUAGAUGCUGGAGCUGAUGAAGACUCCUCGUUGAUCUCAGUUGAAGGCUCCUCAGGGACCAAGCUGGAGCGAGAGGAGCAGUUUUCUGAGGGGGAACACGGAAGAGUAAGGCAGAUGAGUGGCGCGAGCAGUGGAUCCGAACCAACUGGCUCUCACCCUCAAUCUCAGAGCCAACUGCACACUGGACAAACAUCAAAUGUCAAAACAGUCACCUCUGAUUCAUCAUCAAAGGAUCCAGUUGCCUCUGAAACAAAAGCAAAUGAAGCUCAUAUUCCUGCUUCUUCCUCUUCACCAUCCUUUGGAUAUCAGUCAUCAGAGACUGGCCCAACUUCACAUCCAACGCCUCUAGUUUCCUCAUCCCCCUCUUCCACUUCCUCCAGCAUUCCCACGCCCCAGAUAAACUGUGUCCCAGAGCCUGGGUCAACAUAUAGUGACCACAGAGGUGGCAAUAAGAAGACGGUAGAAAAAAAUGAAGUCAUCAAAAGUGAAGGUGUCACUGAUAAAACGGAGAAAGGCAGUAGCCAAAUGCAACAGGAUGGAGAAGUCGACACACAAAAUGGACAGGACAAAGAAAAUAGGGUUCACUCCAGAUUACACAGUAAUGAGAGGGAAGAAAAGCACACAUCUGAGGAGCAGCAGAAUGCCAGUAGUGUUGGAGUGAUUGUUUCAGCUCGGUCUGAGGGAAGUCACACAGAAAAAAGUAAGCAUCCCCACGACAACUGUAUAGAAGAGAAACAUUCACACUCUUAUUUAAGAGAGUCGAGCAGUCAUAAUGGUGAUGAAGGUGUAGACCUGAGUCUGUAUUCCUCCCAUUUCCAGAAAUCAAACUUUGGACGGGCUCAAAAUGCUUCCCAGUCUGGUCCACAUAAGUAUUGCUACCCAGAAUCAACAUAUGGCUCAGAUUUAUCUAUGAAGAACAAAGGGAGGGCUGGCCCAGUGGGUGUGAUGGAAUCAAAUCCCAGAUACUUAGGAUACCAACAAUCACAACCUAGUUUUGGACCUGUGCAUCAGAAAGAUGGGGGUUCUGUAGCAGAAACUUUGGUGAAGCGAGGCCAAGGAUCAGGAGCUAAAGGUCUCGAGGAGAAUUCACAGAUGCAGCAAUUCCCGAGUCUUUUGCAAGAGGUCCUUCAAGGUUACAAUUUAGACCGUCGUUAUGGCCGACCAGAACAAGCAUUUCCUGCACAUCUUCAAGUUCAGCAGCAGUUUCAGUCCAGACACCCCUACGGCUUGACUGAAGGUAUGAGGAUGCAGAGUGGAGUAAAUGAAGGUUCAGUUCAUUCAGCCCAAAUGGGUAGCUCUGGAAAACCCCAAAGCCAGAGGCAUGGAAUUGAGCCUGAUUUUACCACAGAGCCUCAGUCUUCAGUGAAGUCAGAAAUGUCAAAUGCUAAGAUUAUGCAAAAUGCUGAAAAAACUGAAGUGGGUGUGUCCCAGAGCCAUUUACCACAGGCUGAGUCUCAGCAAGCGCCAACAAAACACAUAAACUUAGCCGACUAUUCUCUACCACAGAGAAAAGCGUUAUCUAAUGUCUCCACUCCAUCCUCUGCUGUGCAGGAGCUCCUUUUGCAAGAGCCAGAGCCACUAACCGGCAGCAUUGGUCAAACUGAGCCUCAGAAAUCAUCAGGCUCCAUAUUAGCCCCAUCAGAGCGACGCUCUGUCAUCUGUGAUGUGUCGCCAAACCGACGCAGCACACCAGAGAGGGACAGAGAGAGCGACAGAGAGAGAGAGCGGGAGAAAAGUCAGUGUGGAGCCUCUGUGAUUCAACAGCCAUUUUCCUCUCCAGCAGCAGCAGCAGCAGCCAGUGAUCUAAAUAAAAAGGAUAGCGGAGAGAAACAAGUGAUGAAAAUGGAAACUGCAUCAAAAGAAGCUGGGGUAGAAGCUCCAAAUUUACAAACUGAGCAGCAAGGCAGUGGUGGGACUAAUGAGGCAGACACGGAGUAUCAUUCCAAAUCCAUCCAUUCAUCAGUCGUAAUGAACGCUGACCCCUAUAGGCGAGGUAAUGUUGAUAUCCCCCCCUUGCCUUCUCAUCCUAUAAAUACUAAUCCUUUAUCUUCACCAUCAAGGCAUCAGUCGUACCUUCACGGUGUUGAUCUGUCAGCUGGCAGUGGGAGUACAUUUUCUGGAUAUCGAUAUGGAGAUUCAAGAGAAGGCAAUAUGAUGUCACGCAGUAAUCCUCAUUUCCCCUCCCACCAUCCAUUCCACAAUCUAUCCCCUUCAGCUCAAACCACACCUAAGCUUCAAAUGUAUCCUCACCCUCAUGGCCCUCCUCACCACCAUGAAAUGAGUGACUGGGUAAAGGCAAUGAGCAGGCCCACCAAGGAGCUGAUGAUGCAGCCUGGCUCUUCUCCUGGAAGACAUAAAGCCAGCCAGUCAGAGCAGAGGCAGAGGAUGAUCUCCCAAACUGACAUGCCAAGUGAAACGCAUACUGGCAAACCUUCACUCCAUCAUCAAAGUGCUUACUAUGACAUGAAAAUGUGGGAGUCAACACACCCUGGAAGAGAGAGUGUUCGAAUGAUAGAGGGAGACUACUUCAGAGCGCAGCCGCCUCCUCCACCUCCCCCUCUUCUUCCUCCAGCUCCCGUUUCACAUGGCCCUGCUCUUCCCCAGAUGUCUCAUGCCCAAAAUGCCGCUGAACCUGAGGUUUCCAGAGGAGCCACGGAGGAAGCCAAACAUCCCUGCCCGGCUCCUCCAUCCAGCUCCAUCAAGUCCCCUGCCAACAUGAAUUCUACCCAGCAACAGGUGCAGCGUCAGACUAAAGCCGGGGGCUCAGGAGACACAAAUCCACUAAUAUUAAGAAGGAGAGUUCGCUCUUUUAUCUCUCCCAUCCCCGCCAAAAGGCAACUCCAGGAUGCAUCUCAGCAGAGGGCUGCCACAAAUUCACAUCACUCUCCUGGGGCUCAGUCUGAGUCUAGCCAUCACAACGAAGAUGACUCAUCCAGUUCAGAUAUCCCAUGUCCCAGGCUUUCAUCCCCUCUCCCAGGAGAGAGCACCUAUUCUCAACCUCUGUCUCCAUCCAGUGGUAACACCAAGGUUUUGCCUUCCAGAAAAGGACGCGGUUUGAAACUAGAGGCAAUAGUGCAGAAAAUCACACCAAAUAUUAAAAAGCCAGCAGGCCAUGCUGAUGAUGAGUCGAAUCAUUACCCAGGCUUCUCUCACUCUGAAAUACCAACAUUUAAUGACUCACAGGACCAAGACUUGCCGCAUUUCCCCAGGGUUGCAGGAGGGGAUGAUGGUUACAUGGAUGAUAGUCACUCAUUAAAUGACAUGAUUCCCUUUAGAGGUGUUGAUGAAACUGGGCCUUUACCUCCGUCUGCUUACCCAUGUGAUCCACAUCAGACAUCUCAGCCCCUCAAACAGCAAGACUUUGACUUUGGAUUAGGUUCUGCCGUGGCAUCAGCAUCUGGUGAUAAAGAAGAUUUCACUCUGCUCGGACCGUUGCCCCCUCCUCCACCUCUUCCUCGCCCAGUCCAAGGUUCCCCACCUCCGUCUUCAUCUGCCCUGUCAGACAUUCAGCAUUUUACAAACACAUACCAGCAGCUUGAGACGAGGAGGGGAGAGCAGUCUGCCGCUAACCUUCUUCGACAGAAACUUCAAGAAUCUGGCAUGGGGUUUGAUGAUUAUCCUGGCAGCGACUACUAUGGCACCACUCCGCCCCACCACGGCCAGGCUCAAGGGCACAUGCUGAACAGACAACAUCAGAUGUCCUCCGGUAGGUCCAGUCUGUCACCACAAGAUUCAAAGCCACUAGAGAAUGUUGUGCCUAAAGGCUAUUUCCCAUCUGGCAAGAAAAAAGGCAGGCCUGUUGGGAGUGUGAAUAAACAAAAACGGGCUCAGAACCAAGUCCAAACACAAGCCAGCACUCAGUCUCAAGUCCAAACACAGAACACAACUUUGAGUGCUCCUCCAGCUCCACCCAUUCCAACUACAGCUGCUCCCAAAUCUCCACCAACAGUGCAGGUUCCCAGCAGCGCAACGGCCACAGUGGCCAUAACAGCCCCAACAGCACCCCCUCUGUCAGACAAUAAAAGCACUGCCCCACUGGCUCCACCUGUGUUAACCCAGGUAGUAAAAGUGGAUGUUGAGAGUGAGGACACGCAGCCAGAGAUUGAGGUCAAACCUGUGCGGCGAAGACGCAGAGGUGUGAAAGAUGACGACGAGCCUCUAGAAGCAAGAGGACGACAGAGGAGACGGAGGCGAGGGGCGGCAGCAGCGGCAGCAACGACCUCAAUGGCCAAAGAUGACCCAGAUACACCUUUAGGUGCUGGAGGGAGCCUCGGCGCAAAUAGAGCUUUUGUGGAUCCAAAUAGAAAGGGCUUGUUUGUUCCCCACAUACAUGUGGAGAAAAAAGUACCAGAGAUCGGGGCAGUGUGCACCAUUGUAAAUGCUGAGGAGGACAAGAUGAAAGGAGAGCGGAGCGCAGUUGGAGCGAAAGCAGGCGGGAGUGGAAUUGAUUCCCUCCUGACCUCAGCUCUUUCCUCCCAGUUAUCUAGGAGAGACAGAGAAUCAGAGAAACGGGAGACAGACGAGGUGGAAACUACACUUCAGUCAGGAAAAGCACUUCCUUCAUCUGGCUAUGUUGUUUCAGGCCCUGUGAUUACAGAGACCAAUCACUCUGGCCGCUUGCUGUGUUGCCUGUGCCAGAAAUGGGCAAAUUACAAACACCUCGGAGAUCUCUACGGGCCUUACUAUCCAGCUGAAUAUGCUGCAAAGCUCCCCAAGAAUCAGCCCCAGGUCAGGCAGUGUCAGGCAACCACAGGCACAAACAAAACCGGACCAAAUUCAGACAUAAGCUCAAAUGCUUUGAGUACCAUCCAAGACACACAAACACAAGAUGCUCAGUUUACCAAGCCCUCAGCUGAGAGUGACUAUGCCUUCAAUCUGGAUUCAAACCCUGCUUCUCUUAGCACCACAGUCCGAACUGCCUCCCCAGCUGGGAGGGAUGAAAUGAUGGCGCAUGUAGCUGACCAGUACAGUAAUGCCACCUGUUCUUCUUCCUUCUCGUCCGCUACCAUUAACACAUCUCUAACCUGGGACAUUAAUCUGGAUAUCCGACCUAUCCCUGAGCUUAAAAGAGAGCCGGACCUGGAAACUGACCAGCAGCAGGCACAGAAACCGCUGCCGCAGCAGCCUGUAGAUGAAGCUCAGCAGAGACCUCAGCACAGAAAGCUGACCUCGCAUCCCCGUUUUAAAAGGAGACACAAGUCUAGUGAGGAUUCCCCCAGAAUGGUGCCAUCCAACAGUAAGGCCUCCCUGCCAUUCCAGCCCCCUCCACCGGCCUUGGACUCCCUGGGACCCUUGGCACAGCUGGCACAGCUGCCUCAGAUGCCCAUGGAUCCAGAGGAGCUGUGGGUCCAUGAAGGAUGUAUAGUGUGGACCAGUGGAGUGUACCUUGUCAAUGGGAGACUGUAUGGCCUGCAGGAAGCACUAGAUGGCGCCAGAGAAACAUCAUGCUCAUACUGUGAGAUGGUUGGCUCAACCCUGGGCUGCUACAGUAAAGGCUGUACACUUCGCUACCACUACUUGUGUGCUAUUGAAGCAGAUUGCUCUCUGAACGAAGAUAAUUUUUCGCUGCGGUGUCCGAAGCACAAGGUAAAGAAGGAGAGUUUACCCAGAGCAUCCGGCCUGCCAAGUCAGUGUAUGUGGAGCAGUCAGAGAGAGGCUGAGAGAAACAGAGAUGAUGAAGAGACACGGGAGUCUGGGAGCUGUUAGUUUGGAAUAGAAGACAGAAAUGUGAAGGAGACGGGACUGGCAUCUUUGGCUGAGAACAACAAAAGGGAAUGUACAAUUUCUCACCAAGAAUCAGCAUUAUUUACAUUUAAAGACAAUGGAGGAUAAUAAAAAAAAAAAAAUCUUUUUUUAAGAGAACUGUUGCUCUUUACUUAAAAGCUGAAAAAGAAAAAAAAAACACAGACAUGCAACACAGAGGAAAGGAGCUACUGGAAAAAGACUACAAAGAUGAAGUGGGAUGAAAUGAGACAUCAAGACUGACAGAGGAACUAAAGGAACUCUGCUAUAAAGAAUAAAAGGAGCAACCUUCCUCUCUAGGCUUACUUUGAUUUUCCAGAGACACCCUUUAAGUGUUAAACUCAUGCUUAUCUUCAUCUUCAUCAUCACCAUCUGUAUUAUCAUUUUACUUUUUUUUUUUUCCCAGUUUUUCUUUUGUUUGAUGUAUUGGGAGCAAGUCGGGUGACAAACCCAGUAAAGGAGAGAACUUUGUAUCCUCUCAUGAGUCGUAUUCUACCUUUAUAUUAGGA